AUGGGUAACAACAUUGCUGAGAAUGUGCUAGCCACCGCCGGUACCAUUUUGUGGUGUAUCCAGCUCGUGCCCCAGAUUGUUAGAAACUACCGGGUCAAGGAUUGUGAAGGUUUACCACCACUCAUGAUGUUCCUUUGGGCUGCUUGUGGUGUUCCCUUUUCAAUUUAUUUUUUCGGUAUUGACGGGUCUAUCCCGUUAAGAAUCCAGCCCCAGUUGUUCACCACAUUCUGUGUGGUGGCCUGGGCGCAAACUUUGUACUACCCUCCAAUCCUGAUGAAACUUGGUCGCGUUUUCUUGUACGUUGGGAUAUUUGUAGCCAUUUCCGCCGGUGCAGAAGCCGGGUUCAUUGUAUGGUUGCGUCCACUUUAUCGUCGUGGGACCGAAUGGCCAAUGUUGGUGUUUGGAAUCCUUGCGCUGGUGUUACUUGCCUUGGGACUUAUCCCACCAUAUUUUGAAUUGGCCAAGAGAAAGGGUCGUGUGGUUGGAAUCAACUUUGUAUUCUUGUCGCUCGAUUCCAUGGGUGCUCUUUUGUCCAUGCUCAGUAUCAUUGUGGGUCAAUUUGACAUUAUGAGUAUGGUUUUAUAUGCGAUUGUGUUGGUGUUGGAAAUCGGAAUUGCCACAUCUCAUGGAAUCUGGUGGUUAAGAUUUGGUAGACAUGAAAAAAAUUUGCAAGAAGAAGUGAAAGAUGUAACCAAUCUUCUGUCUGAAGCCCAUGACGAGGAAAAGGAUGAUUUCAGCACUUUCACUUCUGGCCACUCUCAUAGUUCCUCCAGUGAAGAAGUUUGA